CGGCGGAAGAAGUAAAAAGCUAAGCCAGAGACACUUAUUUCAUAUUCUCUUCAUUUAAUCUGAUUCAAAUAAAUUCUAAUUUGAUCAAAUUUGAAUUUAGUAAUAUUUAAAGUUAUUCAAUAAUAAUAAGUUACUCCAUAAGAAAACUAGAAGGAUGUAUUAGCAGCAUCCCUUGUUGCUAUAUCCGCUAAUCUCCAAGAGUCCAAUCGUACGGAGUAAUUCGUAACUGGAAAAUGGCCAGAAAGUUUUUCGUAGGCGGCAACUGGAAAUGCAACGGGACAGCCGAGGAGGUGAAGAAGAUUGUGACCACAUUGAAUGAAGCUGAAGUUCCAUCUGAAGAUGAUGUUGAGGUUGUGGUCAGUCCUCCUUUUGUGUUUCUUACAUUGGUCAAAACAUUACUGCGGCCUGAUUUCUCUAUUGCUGCCCAGAACUGUUGGGUUCGAAAAGGAGGUGCUUUUACGGGUGAAGUAAGUGCUGAGAUGCUCAUAAAUUUGGGAAUUCCAUGGGUCAUCCUUGGUCAUUCUGAGAGAAGACAACUGCUGAACGAAUCAGAUGAUUUUGUAGGGGAUAAAGUUGCAUAUGCACUUAUCCAAGGCUUAAAAGUCAUUGCUUGUGUUGGAGAGACUCUUGAGCAGCGAGAAUCAGGAGCUACAAUGAAAGUAGUUGCUGCACAAACAGAAGCCAUCUUUGACAAGGUCUCAAAUUGGUCCAACAUUGUUUUAGCUUACGAGCCUGUUUGGGCUAUUGGAACUGGAAAGGUGGCCACUCCUGCUCAAGCUCAAGAGGUUCAUUCUGAACUGAGAAAAUGGCUUCAUGACAAUGUUGGCCCAGAAGUUGCUGCAUCAACUAGGAUCAUCUAUGGAGGUUCUGUGAGUGGAGCAAAUUGCAAAGAGUUGGCAACAAAGCCCGAUGUGGAUGGGUUUUUGGUUGGCGGGGCUUCUCUAAAGCCUGAAUUUAUCGAGAUAAUCAAGUCUGCCACUCUCAAACAAAAUGCUUGAAGAAGAUCCUCGUCUGGUGCCCGCCACCUCUUCUUUGCAAUGAAGUUAUGUUUCUGGUUUCUCUUUCGAGGUACAUGUGUGAUUUUGAGUUCCGUGUUUUUUGUAAAACAACUGAGAGAGAUUUACUUAAUGAUUCCUUGAUUUGGAUUUCCUGCACCAUUGUGAUGGUUUUCUCUAGGUGUGUCAUGUGUGAGCUCAAAGGGUACAUUCUGUCUAUUUAGAUGUUAGG